CUACGCUACUGCUAAUAGUCCGACUAUACUGUGUGCGAUUGUGCGAUUACUGCGUUCUUUUCUGCAGAAGUUCAGGCAGUUCAGUGAGAAUAUAUAGAAAUAACCUGCAGACUAUAGGUAUCAUUAAAAAAAUAAAAUUUUUUAAUGUGAAUUAUUUAUUUAAUUAUAUUUUUAAUAAUAAUCAUGGUAAAUCUUUUUAAUCUAUUUUAAGUUUGGAUACUGUUCUACUGACAUUUACUGAAUUAUAAUGUUUAAUAAAAUUGUAAAUUUAUAAUUUACCGACUACAAAAGUUAAAUUGUAAGAAUUAGAAAGUGAAGACAGCUUCAUGGCAUUUAUGAGCCCAAAUAUUGUUUGACGUUUACGAUAACAUCCAAUCGUCGUAAUAUCAUUUCACGAUUUUACGAUAAAUUUUAUUAUUUAAUUACUUAAUCAAAUAAAAAUGGAAGCAGUACCAAGGUUACCUAUGUUAUCGUUCCAAUUAAAAGUCAGCUCAGAACCUACGAUUUUUGGACCAAAAUUAAAACAAUAUAUUCGUGACUUUUAUAAUGAAGACCCAGAGUCAUACACAACUGAAAUUCAUCAACUGGAAAAUCUUCGAUCUAUGGCAGUACGUCCACCGAUAGCAGUAAUAGGCUGUUCAUUACUUAAAAAAUAUUAUUGUCAAUUGCAUUUUGUUCAAAGUAGAUUUCCUAUGGGCAUUGAUGAACCUGCAGCAGUUCCUUUUUCAUGGCGAGAUACGUAUGCAAAUAUGGUAUUUAGUUUAUCAAAUAUACGUUUCGAAAUAAUAUCAAUUUUAUAUAAUAUCGGUGCGAUACACACACAAUUAGGAGCUAAAACAGAACGUACAUCAGCAGAUGGUAUGAAAAUGGCGUGCUCCCAUUUUCAAUGCGCAGCUUGGGCAUUUGAACACUUACAGAAUAGUUAUCCGCAGCCACCAGGAGUUGAUAUGGCGCCAGAAUUAAUGAAAUUCAUGCAUCAGCUUUGUCUUGCUCAGGCUCAAGAAUGUAUUCUCGAAAAAAGUAUGUUAGACAAUCGCAAACCAACGAUUGUAGCUAAAGUAGCUAAGCAAAUCGUUGAUUAUUAUGCACUAGCUUUAUGGACAUUAGAGCCUAGUAACAGUGAAGAGAGUACAAUCGCUGAUACAGUUGGAUCAAAAACGUAUAAAAGUUGGAAGACUUAUGUCAAAUUUAAACGUUCUUAUCAUACAGCAGUUACUCUGUUGUAUCAAGGACUAGCCUCGGAAGAGCAGCAAAAAAUGGGGGAGCGUGUUGCAUUUUAUAAUGCUGCGUUAGCAUCUUUAAAUAGUGCACGACUGCUUCAUGCUACUGCUAAAAGUUCCACUGGUAUUAUUGGAGUCACAGGUGAAAAAGAAGCUAUCGAGGAAGCUCUUGUGUUUACUAAUGACGUAAUUGAAGGUAAAAGAAAGGCCGCAAAAAAUGAAAAUGAAUUUAUUUAUCACGAAGAAGUACCUGAAAAAGAUGCUUUACCUACAGUAAAUGGCGCGUCAUUAGUCAAAGGUAUUUCUUUUAAUGUAAAUGAUCCAGAAGUAUCUGGACCGGAUAUUUUUGCAAGAUUAGUACCUAUGAAAGUUCAUGAAGCAAGUUCACUUUAUUCUGAAGAGAAAGCUAAAAUUCUUCGAUCAGUAGGUUCAAAAAUUGAAGAAAAAGAUCGAGAUCUUGAAAUGUUUCUUGCGUCAUUAAAAUUACAACAUUUGAGUCUUUGGGAUCCUGAUCGUCUAUUAGAAGCUGAUACUUUGCCAUUUCCAGAAGGAUUAGCAGAAAGAUGUGCUGCAUUAAAUGCUAAACCUACUGCUAUUAAAGAACUUGAAGACAUUACUGCAAAACUGUCAGCAACAUAUGGAGAUGUUGAGACAAUGCUAGAAAAUAUUGACAAACUACUUACAGAAGAAGAUCAAAAAGAAAAAAUGUACCAAGAAGCGAUGGGCAAAAGACCUCCAUCAAUCGUGGCUACAGAUUUAACAAGAGAAGCAAAAAAAUAUGAAGAAGCACAUGCGAAAGCGUCGGAGAGUAAUCAAGCUCUUCACCGAGCUAUGUCACUUCAUUUAAAUAAUCUUCAAAAGCUAUCUCAGCCAUUAGAUCAACUCAUGGCGAGCAUACCUACAAUUGAUCGGAAUACUAAAGGUGGAAAUGAAACAGAAAAACAAAGUGUUCGAGAAUUAAAAAGGAUACUUGGAAAAGUAGAAGAAAUGCAAAAACAGAGAAGUGAACUUUAUUUAAAAUUAAAAGAAUCAAUAUCUCAAGAUAAUCUCACUCGAAUUUUAGUAACUGCAACAGCUGAAUCAACCCCUCUCGAUACUCUUUUUGCAGAGCAUCUCAAGAAACAUCAGUCAUUAGUUGAUUUAAUCGAUCAGAAUCUCCUGGCACAAGAUAAUAUAUUGACAGCUUUGACGGAUGCUUAUGCACGAACAAUUGAAACUCGUAAAUCUGUCGAAGAAAUUAUAAGAAAACGAGAAUCGAUGAUAGCAUCUCUUAUUAAUUCUUAUGAGGCUUACGAAGACUUAUUGGCUAAAGCAUCAAAAGGUCUAGAAUUUUAUCGUAAAUUAGAGAUGAAUGUUACAAAACUUUUGCAAAGAGUUAAAAGCACAUGCAGAGUUCAAGAAGAAGAACGCGAACAAAUUCUCGCGAAAAAUGGUAAAACAAAUUCAAUUGAAUCUACAUUACCAAUAAUUCCUGAAAAGAAAAAAGGCUCAGGCAUGAAGUUGAGAGACCACUUAGCGAAUAGGCUAAAGAAUAAUCCAUCUUAUCAAAAUCCUUAUGGAGAUAAACAAACUAUUCCUGUUGCUCCAGUACAGCCGAAUCCUCAUACUACCGGUAAAUCUUACUCCAAUGAACAUCACAUCGGUCCUGAUGGCAUUCCUAUUCAUGCAGUUCCUCCUAUGACGUCUGAUUCAACACUUCAAGAUCCUCAACAAAUGUAUCAGUACUAUGGAUAUAACAAUUAUUAUAUGAACCAAGGAAGUAAUUACAUUCCUCAACAUUACAAUUAUAAUUCUACAAGUCAAAGUACAUCAGUCCAAGGUUUUGCUAAAUCCAAUACUACUAAUAGCGACCAUAUGUAUCAUCAAGCUAGCGGUUCUUCUAAUACAGAAGUCGCAAGUAACAGUAGUCAAUAUGCGGGAUACUUCAACCAGAUAAACGAAUCAGUGUCAUUACUGCCGAAUCAAACUCAAUAUCCUGGUCAAGUAUAUGAAGAUACAAAUCAAUACUCUCAAUACACAGAUUACCGUACAAACCAAGGAUAUACUACAGCUAAUACUGGUUAUCAAAACAUACAGGGUCAGCAGUCGAACUACAACCAACCGUAUCAGGCUAUGCCGCCUAAUCAAACACCAUCACCAGUUCCUGCUGGACAACUUCAGCCUAUGAACGUAAUUCAAGAUUCAAAUUCUCAAGUAUCUAAUAUAAAUGUUGGAUCUCAUCAAUAUGAGUAUCAAAAUGUUAAUCGUGGAGCUUACGUUAGCCCCUAUCAGCCAGUAGUACCGCAAAUUCAACAACAACAAAUUCAGCCACCAGUUUCUGAAAAUAUUACAAAUUAUUCUAUAAACCAAGAUAAUCCUUCUUUGCCGUCAUCGGUCCCACACAGUAGUGGGACCCUUUCUCAACAAAUUUAUCCACAAGAGACUACAAAUUUACAGUAUCCAGCUGCCCAGAAUCUUCAGCAACCUCCUGCUCAAGCUGUUAAUAUAGGAUACAAUGUUCCAGAACAAUAUUUGACAAACAAAGCAACAGGUAUCCAUUCUAACGAGGCUUCUUCUGUGGCACCUACAUAUUCUGGUACUCCGUCGGACAUUUCUGGAAUAAAUCAAACAGAAUCACAGUACUACCAUCAUACUAAUAAUAAUACUUUAAUCCAAAACACAACACCUUAUGUCCUUUCAUCUCAACAGGGUUAUAUUGAAAGCGGACAACCAAGUGUACCGAGUUCC